AUGGCAAGUUCAGCGCUGAAUAAACUCGCCACCGGACCGCCCGACGCAAGAAGAGAGGAGAUCAUCCGCCUCUGCUCCACUGGCCGCGUCAAGGAGACAAGGAGGCCCUCCACCGCCGCUUCCGCCAGUGCCUGUGGUCGGAGCCUGGCCUCUUCUCCCACAUCUUCCGGGUGUGCCGCGCUCUCCCGCUCCUCCGCCAGCUCCACGCCUUCGCCGCCACGUCCGGCGCCGCCGCCGACCGGUUCACGGCGAACCACCUCCUCCUCGCCUACGCCGACCUGGGCGACUUCCCCGCCGCGCGCGGUCUGUUCGACAGAAUCCCUAAGCGGAACGUCAUGUCCUGGAACAUCCUCAUCGGGGGGAUACGUCAAGAGCGGUGACCUGGAGACCGCGCGGAAGCUGUUCGACGAAAUGCCCGCGAGGAACGUGGCGACGUGGAAUGCCAUGGUCGCUGGGCUCACCAACUCGGGACUCAACGAGGAGAGCCUGCGCUUCUUCCUUGCCAUGCGGAGGGAGGGGAUGCAGCCUGAUGAGUUUGGCCUCGGGAGCUUGUUCUGGUGCUGUGCCGGCUCAGGGACGUUGUGUCUGGGCGACAGGUCCACGCGGGAGGCUGCUCUCCGAGCAUUGCCUCUGCUUAACAUUGUGUCGUGCAAUACCAUAAUCGCUGGAAGAACAACACAGAAUGGAGACUCGGAAGGGGCACUCGAGUAUUUCUGCAUGAUGAGAGGUGCUGGUGUGGAAGCAAACGCAGUCACAUUCGUCAGCGCCGUUAGUUCUUGCUCAGACUUGGCAGCUCUUGCACAAGGUCAGCAGGUUCAUGCACAGGCUAUCAAAGCUGGAGUUGACAAGGUUGUGCCAGUCAUGACUUCUCUUGUGCAUAUGUAUUCUCGAUGCGGGUGCUUAUGUGAUUCAGAAAGGGUUUGCCUUGGGUAUAGUGGUACAGAUCUUGUCCUUUGCAGUGCGAUGAUCUCAGCUUAUGGAUUCCAUGGGCAUGGACAAAAGGCAGUUGGUCUGUUCAAACAGAUGAUAGCUGGAGGGGCAGAACCCAAUGAGGUUACUUUCUUGACCUUGCUAUAUGCAUGCAGCCAUAGUGGUCUUAAAGAUGAAGGCAUGAGUUGUUUUGAGCUUAUGACUAAUACUUGUGGACUAAAGCCAAGUGUUAAACACUACACUUGUAUUGUGGAUCUUCUUGGACGUUCAGGUUGUCUAAAUGAGGCGGAGGACCUUAUCCUGUCAAUGCCUGUGCAACCUGAUGGGGUCAUAUGGAAGACACUACUGUCUGCAUGUAAGAUCCAGAAAAAUUUCAACAUGGCCGAGAGGAUAGCAGAACGUGUUAUUGAAUUGGACCCUCAUGAUUCUGCAUCUUAUGUUCUUCUAUCAAAUAUUCGAGCUACCAGCAGCAGAUGGGAGGAUGUCAGUAAGGUAAGGAAAACCAUGAGGGAACAGAACGUGAGGAAAGAGCCUGGAGUUAGCUGGGUGGAGCUGAAGGGUCAGAUUCACCAAUUCUGCACAGGAGAUAAAUCCCAUUCAAGGCAAAGGGAGAUUGAUGAAUGCUUGGAAGAAAUGAUGACCAAGAUCAGACAAUGUGGAUAUGCACCGGACAUGAGCAUGGUUUUCCAUGACAUGGAGGAUGAGGAGAAAGAAGUUAGUUUGGCGCACCACAGUGAGAAGUUGGCUAUAGCAUUUGCUUUCCUGAGCUUACCUGAAGGAGUUCCUAUUCGGGUUAUGAAGAAUCUACGUGUAUGUGAUGAUUGCCAUGUAGCUAUUAAGUUGAUGUCUAAAGUGACUGGACGGGAGAUUGUGGUCCGAGAUGGACUGCAACCUGUCCCACACGCUAUAUUGGAGUGGCCCGGUGUGGGAGUUGGAGUCUGGCAGGAGUGCAGGUUAGACAAGAUGAAGCUCGGCGCCACAUAUGAGGAGUAUCUCCGGGCAGAGCAGGACAAAUUCCUAGGACAAUGCUCCCAUGUAGAAUACAAAUGCCUGAAGAAGAUACAUGGUUCUGUGAGUGGCAGAGAUUUCAAGAGCAAGAUACAAACUGAGCAUAUUGAACUGUUGCAGUCACCUUGGCUGAUAGAGCUUGGUUCUUUCCAUCUCAACUGUGAUGAUUCAGAUGCUGAUGAACCUGGAGCUGGAGGGUUCUUCAAGAAUUUUUCCUGUGACCUGAGUGGAGCACAGCCACUACUGACAAUGACCAUUUCUGAAACUCUGAAGUAUGAGUACAGCCUAACUUGUCCGAUUUGCUUGGACACUUUGUUCAACCCUUACGCACUUAGCUGUGGGCAUCUGUUCUGUAAAGCCUGUGCAUGUGGUGCUGCUUCUGUGUACAUCUUCCAGGGUGUCAAGUCGGCACCUCCAGAGGCCAAGUGCCCUGUAUGCCGAGCGGGACAAAGAUUACUUUCCGCGGCGCGGAGACUGCGCGAAGAGCUGGUGAAGCAGUCCAAAGAAUACUGGGACUCACAGGCAUGGCAAUGCUAUCGAUGGGGAUUUGAAAGCUACAAUGUUUUUACUGUUGUAACAUUAAUGUUAUCAAUAGUCACCAAGAUGGCCAUCAAAGCUGAAGGUUAUCUGGCUAAUUAUAUCUGA